CUCGUAGAGAAAAUUGAAAAUGGUUGCGUCUCGCUUAGAUGUGCUUUGGCAUAAGAUUGUGUUAUCCUCACCCGUUUGGUUUGCUUUAGAGGUGGUUACCCAGAAACCUUGGCAGUGGAGUUUAUACAGUUCGUUGGUGUUGUCGAGUUUUAUUCCGAUUACCGUGUUAAUAGCUUUUAUAGUAGGAUCAAUGUUGUCCAGUUUCACCGUCCUCCUCGUAAUUCAGUGUGGAUUAUUAACACUCGCUAUUGCGUCGUUUCUUUCGACAAUCGCAGUGCUUGCUCCUCUGGCAAUUACAAUUGCAUUUUUAAUCUUUGUGAUGUGCAAAGCAGUAACAGUCUCCAUGUGUAUAGUGCACUGGCUGCUGAUCUCACCAAAGCUACAACUUCAGCGAGUCAAACCAUAUUUGACAAAGGUAAAUGAAAAUUGUGGACUGUUAACCAGAUUGGAGCAAAGUGGAAUAAUCCAUGAGGUCAAGUUAAGGAAAACCCAGAGAAUAAGAGAGCGAUCUUCUCCUCAAUAUUCAGAUUCUGAAACGCGACGACGAACUCAGUCACACGCGUCCCCCUGCAUUACCACUCAUGUCUCUGAGACAUAUAAGGGAAGGAUAACUUGUCUGAACGAAGAGGAAACUAGCUGUAACAAGUCAUCCAACACUUGCACACGUGAUUUUGAUUUUUCAGCUUCGGGACAAAAGAAUCGAAUAGGACGUGAGUUUUGCUCUGGGCUGUGGUCAGCAAGCAAUUCAUCGUCUGAGGAAGACGCCAUAAAAUUUACCUCUGGACCUGGUUCUGAAUCCUACCACACAGCAGAUGAGUGGCUUGCAGAGGAUUAUUGUGGUAACGUAAUCCCCGAUUAUAGAGACAAAGAAGCAAAGUUGUACGAAGCACUUUUGAAAAUGGAUUUUUGCUCAAGAGACGAGAGCUACAUUUUGAUUGAACGCGCUUAAGACACAGGCUACAAUCUACACUGACCUGACAAAGGGAGCGCAGUUGCAGUUAUUUGAGG